UCGAGUUGCUGCUACCACUAAGGGCGUCAUAAUGGCUGACAUUUUCAACACCACAACUGCGCACCUCGCGCAGCCGUCAACAUGGCCCAGCUCUUCGCUUCCAUUGAGCGGUUGGUCGACCUGGCAGUAUAUCGUGACGUUCAUAUUAGGAGUGAUACUUUAUGAUCAGGUCAUGUACCUCAAGCGAAAGGGCUCCAUUGCCGGACCGAUGUUCAAAAUCCCCCUGAUGGGGCCAUUCCUCCAAGCCAUCCAUCCCAAGUUCGACGAAUACCUCGCUCAAUGGGCAAGCGGACCUCUGAGCUGUGUCUCUGUCUUCCACAAAUUCGUCGUCCUCGCCUCCGACCGCGACCUCGCCCACAAAGUCUUCAAAUCGCCCACCUACGCCGAACCAUGCCUAGUCCCCAUCGCCAAAGACAUCCUCGGUCACAAGGCCUGGGUCUUUCUGCAAGGCAAAGCCCACGCCGAGUACCGACGAGGCCUGGCGCCACUGUUCACGAAUAAAGCGAUGGCGACCUACCUGCCGGUGCAGGAGCGGGUGCUGGCAGAUUACUUCGACCGCUUCGUGUCCGCGAGCCAGGCGAACAACAACCGGCCACUCCCCUUCAUGACGCUCUUCCGCGAGAUCAACUGCGCACUGUCAUGCCGGACGUUCUUUGGCGACUAUAUCUCGCAGGAUGCGGUGCAGAAGAUCGCAGACGACUUCUACCUGGCGACGGCGGCGCUGGAGCUGGUCAACAUCCCGCUGUCGAUGUACGUGCCGUUCACGAAGCCGUGGUGGGGCAAGCGCACGGCGGACGCGGUGCACGUCGAGUUCGCCAAGUGCGCGGCGGCGUGCAAGGCCAACAUGGCGACGGGGGCGACGCCGACCUGCAUCGUCGACCACUGGGUGCUGCAAAUGAUGGAGUCGAACCGCUACCGCGAGCGCCUGGCCGCCGGCGAGACCGACCUCGAGAAGCCCAAGAACCUGAUCCGCGAGUUCACCAACCAGGAGAUCAGUGAGACACUGUUCACGUUCCUGUUUGCCUCGCAGGACGCCUCCAGCAGCGCCACCACCUGGCUAUUCCAGAUCAUGGCCCAGCGGCCCGACGUGUUGGAUCGUCUGCGCGCUGAGAACCUGGCCGCCCGCGGCGGCGACCGCAACAAGCCCUUCGACCUGCCCAUGCUCGAGUCGCUGACCUACACCAACGCCGUCAUCAAGGAGCUGCUCCGCCACCGCCCGCCCGUCAUCUUCGUGCCCUAUCUCGCCACCAAGCCCUUCCCCAUCACCCCCGAGUAUACCGCGCCCAAGGGCUCGAUGGUCAUCCCGUCGUGCUGGCCCGCCUUGCAUGACCCCGAGGCGUAUCCGAACCCGGAUAUCUUUGACCCGGACCGCUGGAUCACGGGCGAUGCCGAGUCGAAGACGAAGAACUGGCUGGUGUUUGGAUCGGGGGCGCACGACUGUCUAGCUAGACGGUAUGUGCCGCUCUCGAUGGCCGGCAUGAUCGGGAAGGCGGCGCUGGAGCUAGACUGGACGCAUCAUGCGACGCCGCGAUCGGAGGAGAUCCGGGUGUUUGCGACGUUGUUUCCGAUGGAUGAGUGUCCGUUGGUAUUCAAGAAGCGGCCGUGAAGCUUCGCCAACAUACCCAUUCAAGCUCGGCCUUAUGCAGGCCAUCAAGCCAUUCAACCUCCAACAACUGGGUGAUAAUACUGUACUGUAUAUCGACCUCCGCCAUGUUCACUUCAAAAUUCAAACAAUUUUCAAUCCGACCUCUCAGAAAAACAAUAUUAAACGACCCAACCAGACACCCGAAUGUAUACCUUAUUCUUCUUCCCCUUUUGCUCAUCACUAGCUCACCCUGCAGCCAGAUCAAGCAAUGUAACAUACAUAAUCUACAUAAGUUAAUGAAAUCAUCAC